CCAUAAAAUUCUCCACAAAAAAGUUCCUCUUCACCUCCCUCUAAACCCUCUCCAUCCCGAGUUAUCCGCUUCGAAAAACUUCUAAACGUAAAUUUUCCUUUAAAACAUCAAAAACUCAAAAAAAAACCCAAAAAACUUGCUAAAAUUCCCGAAAAAAUUUCCUAAAUUCUCCUCCCCCAUAAAAAGAGGAUCUCAAGGUCUUGCAGUCACCUUGAAUCCUCCCCCCGCGGAGGUUCCCUCCAGAGAAAAAAAAAACCCUCGAGUCCGAAGGUUUCACUCCAAUCAAAUAUUUCCGGGCGUCCCGUGUCGCGCAAACUCGGCAGUCUUCGGUGCCCCCUCUCCCCCCUAAAAAAAGGACCCGAAGAAAUAAAGAAAGAAGCGUCUGCCAGCGAAAAAUCGUUAAAACACGCGUUGUCGAGGUCCAAACAACAGGCAAUUAAUAAUCACCCCCCAAAAUAUCUAGAGCACCGAAAAAAAAAAAUUAAAAGAAAAAAUCCCUCAAAAAAUUCCCUCGGACGUCGUCCACUGGUAAUAUUUGACACCUGGUGCACCACGUGGAUGUGCAAGUGGAAAAUUGUGAUGUACACGAGUGAAUGUGGAAAAAUGUCGACAAACGAUUCAAUUCGGGAAAUGGAGUGGACGAGGGAGAAAACACUGGAUCUCCUCAGGGAAUAUCAAGCCAGGAAUGUCCUUUGGGAUUGGAAUGCACGUGGAUACAGGGACAGGACAAAGAGAAAAUGCGCCAUUCAGGAGUUGGCUAAUCUCCUGGGGUGCAAUACACUUGAGGUUGAGAAAAAAGUGACUAAUUUAAAGUGUCAGUACUCCAGGGAAGUUCACAAGAUUCAGACGAGCAAGGAAAAUGCUAGGGGACCUGAUGAUGUUUAUGUGUCCAAGUGGUUUGCCUUCAAGGCCAUGCAGUUUUUACAGUUUGGCAGCAGACGGUACAGCUCCAGGAAGAAGAAGACCGACGACGGCAUUUCUUCGCCAUCUCGCUCGGAGGAUGCCCCACGUUUGAAGAUGGAGGAGGAGUACAUAGUCUCAGAUAUAGACCCUGAGAGCAUAAGACCUUACUAUGACUGUCCAGAAGACACGGAUGUCUCAGGUGCUGGUUCCUACAACGCAUCCCCCAUUCAGGACGAGGAAGAGUCUUUCUCGAGUAUAAAACACCCCCUCGAGCCCUGGCACUCAAGUUUUCACGACGAAAAUCUCCGCACCGAUUCCCAGACUGAGGAAAAAACGACGGAUGUACCCCACGGUCGAAAAAGACUCAGAGAAGAAUUUUCAAAAUUUGGUGAGAGCAUCGCAGCUCAACUCGCCGAAAUUCCCGACUCGUACUCCAGAUCUGUCGCCAAAUUACGGAUCAAUCAAAUCCUCUUCGAGGCUGAAAUUGGGGCAUACGCCCAGAGUCAUCGUUAAUUACUUUUACUUACCUGUGGACUUUUUUUUACUUUUUUACGAUUUUUUCAGUUACUUCUCCACAUCUUGUGAUUAUUACUAUUAAUUACCAUUAAUUAACGGUUCAAUUCGAGGGUAAUUGUCUACCCUGAUAUUUUUAUUGUCGUAGUAUGUACGAGUUGACGAUUAUCAACGGUUUUAGUGCGAAAUAAUGUUCUUCCUGACGAGUGAGGAAUUAAUUAAGUGAUUGUGGGAGAAAAUUGUAAAUUGAGUUAACGUUAAUCGUUAAUAUUUCGAGAAACAACGAUGCAAUUUCUGAGAGUCGAGGAUCAAAACGGAGAUUAUAAAAACAUCUUGAAAACGAAGAAAAAAAAGUCGAUUUCCAUUCAGCCGAUCUCGAAUUAUUUACGAUUGAAAUGAAAAUUAUAUUUUGGGACUUAAUUACGCAUAACCAAUCAAGAGAUGUAGGUAAACAGAUGAUGUAUUGAUGGUGGAAGAGAUUAUUUAUGUACGCGAAGCCUCAACACACGAUUAUACCUCUAUGUAAUCAUUUUUUAAAAUGUAAAUUAAAUAAACAUCCACUCAACGAAUAGAACUGUUUGAUAAUU